ACCUUUUGUUCGGUGAUGUAAUACCCUAACUUGUAUUUCUGGUGAGAAAGUGAAAUUGGGCAACUUGGAAGUGUUCUUAUUGCUAUGGGAUGCAAGCAGUACUCAGUAUCCUCAGAAAAUAUGCCAAGUUAACCUUUUAAACUCCUUCCCUUUGAUUUCAUCACAGUUAUCAAGAACCUAACACUUUAAUAGCAGUGACUACAGGCAUACCUUUUAUCAUGCUUUGCUUUAUUACACUUCACAGAUAAUGUGUUUUUUACAAACAGAAGGUUUGUGGCAACCCCGUAUUGUCAGAUUAUGGUUAGCAUUUUUUAGCAAUAAUGUAUUUUAAAUUAAGGUAGGUACAUUUUUUUAAACAUAAUGCUAUCGCACACUUAAUAGACGACAGUAUAGUAUAAACAUAACUUUUAUAUGCACUGGGAAGCCAGAAAAUUCAUGGGACUUGCUUUAUUGUGAUAUUUGCUUUAUUGAGCUGUUUUGGAACUGAACAUGCAAUAUCUCUGAGGUAUGCCUGUAUAUUUCUGAAUACACUUUUAAUUUAUUUAUUAAACUGAUUUAUCUAGUAAAUUAUUUAGUAAAUCAAUUUAAUUAAAUAAAUUAAUUGUGUAUUUAGAAAUAAUAAUAUUGCUAUUAAAAGACAUUAUUGUAAUUUAGCAUCUUAUUUCUUUUUGAAUGAUUCUCAGCUUUUGAAUUUUUCCAAAAUAGGACUUGUAUAGGUAAAUAUUAAAGCCAUCAGUUAAUUUUUUGCACUGGGAUAGUAUACAAUGUAUACAUAUAAGGUUAGCUAUCUGGAGAAAUCUCAUAUUUGCUAAUUGUGUAUAUUUAAGAUUUCAUAUUUUAAAUCAGAUAUUUGUUGAAAUGGCAUAUUACAUCUAAUUUUUGAAAUAAACAUUUACCUAUGAAGUUGCUUUGGAUUUGAAAGCUGCGUCUUGUUCAGUAAUAGUGUUUUCUUGAAAAAGAAAAUUGAGACUAACAGAAGUUCAAAACAUAUUAGGGACCAAAAUUGUUAACCGAGUACUUAUUAAAAGUGGUAAUUAUGUUUCUUCUAAAGUAUUAUAUGAAGUGCGUCAAAAUGAAUUUUUUUCCAGAAAAAAAUUAACUCAGUGUUAGGUAUUCAAGAGGAAAUAUGAAAGAAAAUCAACAACUGUGUACGUGAUAUAAAAGUAUGAGCAAAUAUGCAAGAGGCAUACCAUUUUUCACGAGAAGUCUAUUUUGUGUGUCACUUGUACAAUCACCAAAAUUUGUGUGUCGAGAUGUUUUAAGUUACGUAGCAUUAAUUUCUAGGAAAUUUUUAAUUAACAGAUUGUUUUAAACUCACUGGUAUUUGGCCAUCAUAAUAAUAUACAUAUAUAUAGUAACAAUUUGCAGAUAGAAUCAUAGGCUAUAAUCUGAGAAAGAAUUUUAUGUGUCAAAAGUUCAAAAACAGAAUUAUUCAGUAUUUUAAAAAUUUAUUUAGGGAGUGAGAGGAGGCAGAGCAGAGACUUUGUUUUGCCAUAUUCCCUAAGGUUUAUCCAUUGUUUGCUCUUUAAAUGGACAUUUUAUUUCAGUAAGGACUUUUUUGUUUGAAGAGAAAGGGUUGAAUUUUAAGGAUUCAUGGCUUUUGUCCCUUAGUUUUUCUACCCCAUCCUAACAACCCCACUAAUCAUUAAUACUGAAGAUUGAGUCCAUCGUCUUUCUUCCCCUCCAUUUCUUUCCUUAAAUCAAAACCCUAUUUUUGUUUUUUAAAAUGCAAAUUAGAGAUAUGUCCCACUGGCAGUUACAUUCAGUAAUGUUUCUUUUUUUGGAUUACUUUUGGAGAAGCUUUUUUAAAAAAUAAAAAUAAUGCUGCAUAAAACAAAGUUACAUCAUAAAUCUUCAACUAUCACAAAUUUAUUUCAAAAAGAACUAAACAUUUCUACUUAAGACAUCUACAUGACAGCUAACGUAAGGAUUGCAGUUGAUUCAAAGGUAAGCCUUUUAAUUUAUAUUCAAAUUAAGUCAUUAUUCAUAUUUAAUAAGAAAAGAACUGAUCAUUUCACCAACCUUUAUCAUUAGCAGGAAUAUACAUUUUAUUCAAUACCAGAGGCUGUUUGCAGAUCCAUUCUUAAUUAUGCAAAAACCAUUAUAACCCAGGUGGUGGAGGAAUAUUGUGUGAAGGGGAAGGGGGAAAAAAAAAAACCCAGAUGACAAAAUCUUGUAUUUUACAGAGUGACUGAAAUGAUAUUAUUAUACCUCUUGGGACGUAUCUACAGUGAGCACAUACUAAAUGUUGAAGAAAACACAGGAAUCUUACAGAUAUAUGUGUGGAGUCCCCACAUGUGUCUAUCAUUAAUAAUUAUGCCACAAUUAUCAUUUCAAUGGAUUUUUGGAGGUCUUUGAGGGCAAGCAGCAUUUCUUGUACAUGUUUGAAUCCUCCAGAACAGAGUGCUUUGACUGUGUUCUUUAAGCCUGUUAUUGAAGACCUGAGCAUGGAAUUGGCCAGAAAAUGCACCGAACUCAUUAGUGAUAUCCAUUAUAAAGAAGAGUAUAAAAAGUCUAAAGACAAGUGUACAUUUGUGACUGACACGCCUAUGCUAAAACAUGUAAAACGUAUUGGCGCUUUUAUUUCUGAGGCAAAAUACAAAGGCACCAUUAAGGCGGACCUUUCCAAUUCUCUUUAUAAGCAGAUGCCAGCCACAAUUGACAGUGUCUUUGCAAGAGAAGUUACACAGCUACAGAGUGAGAUUGCUUACAAGCAGAAGCACGAUGCUGCCAAAGGAUUCUCAGAUUAUGCCCACAUGAAGGAACCGCCUGAGAUCAAACAUGCCAUGGAGGUGAAUAAGCACCAGAGUCACAUUUUUUAUAGGAAAGAUGUGCAGGACACCCACGUGUAUAGUGCGGAGCUUGACAGACCAGACAUCAAGAUGGCGACACAGAUCUCCAAGAUCAUAAGCAAUGCUGAAUACAAGAAAGGGCAAGGAGUAAUGAAUAAAGAGCCCGCUGUAAUUGGAAGACCAGAUUUUGAACAUGCUGUGGAAGCUUCUAAACUUUCUAGUCAAGUUAAAUACAAAGAAAAAUUUGAUAAUGAAAUGAAGGAUAAGAAACAUCAUUACAAUCCUUUUGAAAGUGCUUCUUUUAGGCAAAGUCAGCUGGCCACUGCCCUGGCGAGUAAUGUGAAGUACAAGAAAGACAUUCAAAAUAUGCAUGAUCCAGUUUCAGAUCUCCCAAACUUGUUUUUAAACCACGCUUUGAAAACCAGCAAAAUGCUCAGCGGACGAGAGUAUAGAAAGCUUUUUGAGGAAAACAAAGGCAUGUAUCAUUUUGACACGGACGCUGUGGAACACCUGCACCAUAAAGGCAAUGCCAUGCUCCAGAGUCAGGUUAAGUACAAAGAAGAGUAUGAGAAAAAUAAGGGGAAAUCGAUGCUUGAAUUUGUUGAGACACCAUCAUAUCAAGCUUCGAAGGAGGCUCAGAAGAUGCAGAGUGAGAAAGUUUACAGAGAGGAUUUUGAGAAGGAGAUUAAAGGAAGGUCAUCGAUGGAUUUAGACAAGACUCCAGAGUUUUUACAUGUAAAGUACAUCACCAGCCUUCUGAAGGAGAAGGAAUAUAAAAAAGAUUUGGAAAAUGAAAUAAAAGGGAAAGGAAUGGAACUUAAUUCAGAAGUACUUGAUAUUCAGAGAGCAAAACGUGCAUCUGAAAUGGCUAGUGAGAAAGAAUACAAGAAAGAUCUGGAAUCAAAAAUUAAAGGGAAGGGAAUGCAAGUUGGCACUGACACCCUUGGAAUUCAGCAUGCCAAAAGAGCUUCUGAGAUAGCUAGUGAGAAAGAUUAUAAAAGAGAUCUGGAGACUGAAAUUAGAGGGAAAGGCAUGCAGGUGAGCACAGGUACCCUCGAUAUCCAGAGAGCUAAGAAAGCAUCUGAAAUGGCCAGCCAGAAAGAAUAUAAGAAAGACUUAGAAAAUGAAAUUAAAGGGAAAGGAAUGCAAGUGAGCAUGGAUAUCCCGGAUAUGCUUCGAGCCAAGAGGGCAUCUGAAAUCUAUAGCCAGAAAAAGUAUAAAGAUGAGGCAGAGAAGAUGCUUUCUAGCUAUUCUACUGUGGCAGAUACUCCUGAAAUCCGGAGAAUUAAGACAACUCAACAAAACAUUAGUGCGGUACUUUAUAAGAAAGAAGUAGGAGCUGGCACAGCAGUAAAAGAUACUCCAGAGAUUGAACGAGUGAAGAAAAAUCAGCAGAAUAUUAGUUCAGUAAAAUACAAGGAAGAGAUGAACCAUGGAACAGCCAUUUCUGAUCCACCAGAGCUCAAGAGAGUUAAAGAAAACCAGAAGAACAUCAGCAAUCUCCGGUACAAAGAGCAAUGUUACACAGCAACUCCAGUGAGCACGACGCCAGAGAUAGAGAGAGUGAGGAAAAACCAGGAGCAGCUGAGCACGGUAAAAUACAGAGGAGAGAUUAAACAGGCAACGGCAAUUUCUGAUCCACCAGAGCUGAAGAGGGUUAAAGAAAACCAGAAGAACCUCAGCAAUGUUUAUUAUAAAGGUCAGCCUGGAAGAGCUACGGCUUUAAGUAUAACUCCUGAAAUGGAAAGAGUAAAGAAGAAUCAAGAAAAUAUUAGUUCGGUAAAAUAUACCCAGGACCAGAGACAGAUGAAAGGUAGACCAAGUCUGAUUUUAGAUACACCUGGUCUCAGACAUGUCAAAGAAGCUCAAAAUCAUAUUUCAAUGGUGAAAUAUCAUGAAGAUUUUGAGAAGACAAAGGGAAGGGGCUUUACUCCUGUUGUGGAUGACCCCGUGACAGAGCGAGUGAGGAAGAACACCCAGGUCGUCAGCGAUGCUGCCUAUAAAGGUGUCCAUCCUCACAUCGUGGAGAUGGACAGGAGACCUGGAAUCAUCGUUGACCUCAAAGUUUGGCGCACAGAUCCUGGCUCCAUCUUCGACAUUGAUCCCCUGGAAGACAAUAUUCAGUCUAGAAGUCUACAUAUGCUCUCUGCACCUGUUCUUCCUGGAGCCUACCAGCAAAGCCAUUCUCAAGGGUAUGGGUACAUGCAUCAGACCAGCUUGUCAUCCAUGAGGUCAAUGCAGCAUUCACCAAAUCUAAGGACCUACCGAGCCAUGUACGAUUACAGUGCCCAGGAUGAAGAUGAAGUCUCCUUCAGGGAUGGCGACUACAUCGUCAACGUGCAGCCCAUCGACGACGGCUGGAUGUACGGCACGGUGCAGAGAACUGGGAAAACCGGGAUGCUUCCGGCGAAUUACAUUGAGUUUGUUAAUUAAUCAUUUUUCCUUGCCCUUUGAGCUUUGUUCUAAUGUACACUAAACGUAAUCUUUUUAAAAGGUAGAAGAUACUUUUAAGACAACUUGGCAGUUAUUUUACAGUAAUCUAUCCUUCCUUUGACAAUUAGACACGCAGGUACCAGGAAGAAGGAAUGACUUCUGGGCUGAAAACAGCAGCAUUUUCGGUAAUUCGUAUAAACAAAAUAAUUAGGUCUGGAGACCUGGUGCUGCUAAUUGUGUUAAUGUUUUCCUUUGAUUGGCUAUCGUGAACCCUUCUGGGGAAAUGUAUUUUUGUAGACUUUAAUAGAGACGUUGAUUGUCCCUUAAAUGUCACAAGUAUAUGAAAUUUCUUAGCUGUCCCUUUGGAAUCACCAGAAGCCAGUCCUCGUAAUUGAGCAACACAGCCGAUAAUUUAAAAACCAUUUAGCUUUUGAGUCACGACGCAAUUUCCAAUUCAAGUGAAAAUUGCCUAAAUAUAUUAAAUGUAAGCAGUGGCAGAAUGACAGUUUGGUUAAAAUUAUAUUGACUGGUGGCCUUAGGGAUCUAGAAACUUCUACCGAACAAAGAAAUUUCCUUGUUCCCUGGGCCAACUUGGGUCUGUUUAUUUCUCAUUUGUACCGAGGUGUAUCCUACUCUCCAUUUACAUUCUAUGGACCUAAGUAUAUGCUUGGCUGCCUAGAAUGUCAGGACCAAAUUACUUCACAGCUACUCUACAAAGGGCAAAUUUUAAGGUCAUCUAUAUUAUUUCCCUGAUACUAAUAGCCUUUACCCUGUUGCAUGUCAUGUAGGUUCAAGCUUCUGUAACAUAGGCAGCUGCACUGCCUGUUCCUGUUAUUAAAACAAAAAGUGUGGCCGAUAAUCUAAAAGCCCUUUCCUCUAGUUGCCAGCUCAUCAGAAAAACAUAACUUGAAAAGUUGCUUGAGAUUCUCUUGCCGCAUUGCACUCUAGUUUUGAAGGAUUUACACCUUAGGAAAUAGAUGUAUACUCUAGCAAAUAAGUGAUUUAGGUGUUUAUUGAACAGCUUUCAUUAACUUAAUGCCGCUAUUGAUUUAAAAGCAAAGAAAACUUCAUAAAAGCCAGUUACAAAGUCGGAAUACGAAGUGUGCUGGGGGAAGCCAGCGAACAAAAGAUUACCAGCUCCGCACACAGAGACAGGUGAUCUGGUUUCUUAUUUGGGAAAAUGGUAUUCAGAUUCUGGAAUGGGAAUCUAGCCACUAAAACCGCUUAAUGAAAAGACUUCCUUUCCACUUUCUGGUUUUUAUUUUGUAAAUCACAUCCAGGGGUGAGAUUGGGAUGUCACCAGAGAUUUGAGGUACAGGCCCAACAGGUUGUUCAUUUAAAAAGAGAUCGUUGUCACAUUUUCAUUUCCAAAUGAGUGACAUUGCAGGCUCUGGCUGGGUUCACAGCCGUGACCGUCAUGUCGUGAAGUUUAACCUGGAGUCCACAGUCAAGAUCACUGGAGAGACUAAGGUCCAUCAGCAACUCUGUGUUUUUCUGACCAUGCCCUUAGUGAGACUUGCAACAGGGUAGCAGUCAUGUAGGGCCUGACUCUAUAGCGGUAAUGAAACUGAAAAAGUAAAGUUACAAAAAUGUAAUCAAAUGUAUGGGCCUUGGGGCUUUCUGCCUUAAUAAUGUAUUCAAAGAAAUUAACAAAAUAUGCUGUAAAACAUCUUUUACUGAAAUGUUUAUUGGUCCAAAGGCAAAUGUUAAUUCAUUUACACCUUUGAAAAGGAAGCACAUCGUUUUGAAAAUCUGUAAUCUUAUUUUCAUCGGACUAAAAGAGUAAUUAAAUAAGGUUUAUUACAUUCAAGCUGCAUCUACAUGACACUGAUGUAAAAUUGAAAAGGGAAAAAUUCAGGCAAAUAACUAGAGACUUUUUGAGGGGGUUUUACAUAUUACCACAUAGCCAGCUUAGCUGAUUUUCUGUCAUUGAAAUGACCAGUUGUGAUUCAUCUAAUUAAACCCCAUAUCGAUCUUGGUGUCUUAUACAAAAACCUGCAAAGACAAGCGGAACUUGCAAUAUUCUUGCAAAAAUUUCUGUGCAUUGAAACUGAGGGCAAUAAGCUUGCUUAUUAAUUUUAUUAUACCAUUAAGUAAAUAUUUAAGAUUCACCCAGACAGACUACUUUUUUGUGAUUAUAAAAGAGUAGUUGUUGAUUAAAUUUGCAGAGGAAAUGUAAGACGGGUACAAUUUUUGAUAAAUAGCACAUUUAUAGGAAUCUCAAAGGAGACCGAUUUGAAAUGAUGAUUAUAAUCGGGGAAGUAACCGUAAAGUAACAGCUUGAUGUUUCAUUGUUUUUCUCAUCCACUGAUUUCAAAAUCAGAUUCGCUGAAUGUAAACGUCAAUACUUAUUUGGGGAAUAAUUCUCCUAAAAUUUUAAGCCUCACAUAAUGUUUGCAUAGUAAAAUGUUUCUCCUUUCCAGCCUUCAGGAAUUAAGAUCGGAUCAGAAUUUAACUAGAGAGCAGUUAUUUUACAAUAAAGACUGAGGGAGAACCAGUUGCACACGUUCCCGAUGCUAUGAUUUGAUAGUGUUGUCACCAUUACUAAAGCCUGUCAGGAUAUUAAGCAUCUCAGCAGAAACAUAGGAGACAAUAGAUGUAUAAAACCAAAGCGCUAUUUUUACAGCAUCAUUUUCAAAACUGUGUUCUCGGACAACUUCUCCCCUCUCCACACUCCCCCUCUCGCCGUCGAUUUGGCAGCGGGCAGAUGCUACAUAUAACGCUGACAGCUCAAGGAUGGUUUCAAAAACAGUCCUUUUAAAAAUCAAGUUAAAGAAGACUGUGUAUGUGCCCGAGCACAGAGAGCAGGCACCUGAUUUUCUAAAUAUGUUCUCAAUCCUGAUAAAAGCACACGGGCAGUUUGAUACGCUUUUCAAAGUUCCGAAAACACAACUGUACGUGGAUCAUCUCUCUCUUGAGAAGAGCAUGGCAACAGAAUAUAUUGCUUUUGGUGUAAGUUUUUGUAGUAGGCGUUUUUACUAAUUCUCGUUCUCUGGGAGAGCUUUCUAUUUCUAACCUGUGGCAAGACAAAGUCUUCAUGUCUUCUUGUUAUUGUUUACACAUCCGCAGUGUAGCCCACUUUGAAAUAUUUAUCUGGUUGUCAGAUCUCCGCACUGUCCCCGCAUCUUCUCAGGCCUCCCCCACCUCAGACACCACACAGGAAUUUACAAGCACAGUUCCCAGGAGCACCUUGUAUGAACAUGGAUGCGAUUAGACCAGCCCCUCUCUUGCCACCAGGUUCAUUGCAUGAGGAUGACGAAGAUGCCUUUUCGCCAGUCUCGCCACAGUCUUUCUUUCCUUAUCCUCCGUGUUGAGCUAGACAACACUCUGGGAUUUGGGAAGCAGACUUUUCUAAACACACAGUGGAAGCUCAAGGUGCAUCUCUUUUUCAGGUUUGUCCAUCUCCAGUAGAAUGUUUUUAAUGAAAAGAUAAAGAACAUGUGUGUGAUCCUUUAAUAACACCUCCCUAUAUAAAGUGGAUAUAUUAAUAGUUUAUACCAAAAUUAUAAUACAGAGAUAUAAAAAAUAUAUAGGUGCCUUUAUGAUUACCCUUGUUUAUUCACUAUGGUCUUGAAAAGAAAACCAAGCAAGCAAGCUUCUGCCUAUUCUAUAGUAAUAUUUUAUUAUAUGAUUGGUAUUUUUUAUGGUGGGGAAGUGAGAUGCUCCUGACAGAUACGAAAGGUGAUAGAUGAUUGUAUUUUACCUCUAGAGGUUUAGAAAAUACUGACUUCUUCCGUCUAUUUCUGAAAGGUCCUUUGUGGAUUUAUAUAUAGUUGAGAUGCAUAAACAUUAACUUUAGGUUUGAGAUUUACAAUACCUAUUGUAAGAUAGAAGAGUUAUGUUAUGAGGCUGAAUUCAUUACAUAAGAUGAAAUUCACUUCAUAAAUUCAUUAUACCUUAGCUAUUUGCUUCUGAUAAUCUGGAAGUGGCUAGAGUACGGUUGUUUGGGGUAACUCGACAUGGAGGUGAGAAAGCUUUGGUUAAUAAGAAGCUGUGUAAACCAAGUUAAGAAUGCUAAAAUGAAGGUCUCUUUCUGAAGUAUUCCGUGCCCAUUAGGGUUCUUUCCAGGCACUGCCAACCAGUGCUGAUCCAAAAAAGGCAAGACGCUGUACGAUGCUUCUGUGGCCAUCAUUCCCUGAUCCGCAAGCCUGGAAGGAUCCCUGAGGCACACCUCCUCCCCAGUUGUCCCUGUUACUUCAGUAUCUUUGUGGGAAUUCCAUAGGCUUUUUGUGUUUGAUAUGUGCUAUUCAAUUUGCAUAGUAUAUACUUCUUUGUAAUCCAGUUGCUGUUAAGAAUGAUUUAUUUUAAAGGAAAAGAGAAAACUGCAUCAUAGUUCCCUUCCUCGGUGUUCGUACAACGAACUGCUGAGCAUUUAGACGCAGCACCGAGUGUGUUACAGGAGGGGUGUGGAACCGUUGGUCUUUGACCUGUGAUUAAAACCCCAAAUUGAAUCAUUGUGCAGAUUGGCUUCUCUUUGCCUCAAAAUAUGUAGAAUUGUGGUUGAUGAUUAAUUUGCAAGAUUGUACUAACUUUGAGAGCAUACAGUUUUACAGGAAACGCUUCAUGUUUUUAAAAUGAAGGGGCUUACAGAACAAUACAAUGUUAUUAAUAUAAUCUGGCUUUUGUUAUGCAAAUUGUUAACACCAGCUAUUAAAAUAUAUUUUAGUAGAAAUGCUUUAAUUCAUGUUUUUUUCCUCUACACUGUGAAUCUUUAAGCCUUGGUGGACUAGAGCAACAUCGUGCUGCCCAAAGGACUAACCUAUGCAAACUAGUUCACAUUUUAGUGGAUGUCACAGGAAUUGUGUAACAAGACGUUAUUUCCCCCUGCAUAAUGUACAGCGGCAUUGAAAUAACACAUUAAGCCUAGCAUCAUGUAUGUAUAGAUAGUUACUCACAAACCCCUCACGGCUACCAUAAUCAUUAGUAUUACCAUUCGUUUAAGAGCAGAUCGCUGAUUUAUCUGUUAAAACGACGUCAACGAUGUCAGAACAAGAAUGACAGAUGGAUGCAUCGGCCUUGGCUUCCAAGUGGUCCCUGCAAGUGUUCUCCUGUGAUAGAACCGUGUUCUCAGAUGCGCUCUCUCCAGGGUAUUAUUAUUCUGUGUCUUCUUUCUGUAUUUGUAAAACAUGAUAACGCUUUAAUUUCCUAUCUCUACACAUUCGGUUUGCUUAAAUAAAUGCAGGAUAUAACAAAAUGGUUCCACUUGUUGGUUCUCACCUUGGUUUCUUGGAGCAGGGGUCAUUGAUAACACCCUGGGUAUGGGUUUAUCGAGACAACUCACGUCAAAUGGCCUCGAAGGUCUGUGGUGGCCUCAGUGCACUAACCUUGGUGAGUCAUUCAGAAUGUGUCUUCUUCCCCCAAAUAAACGUAGCUUUAAAUGAUAACAAUAUUAUGCUUUUGCAAGCUCAGUCUCCUUCUGAUUUUAUAUCAGAGUGCUAUAGUAAUACAUCAUCGUAGUUCACCUCUUUCAAGAUUAAAUUCCUCAUAUGUCCUCAAUAGUACAGUUUUAAUUUUCUUGUAUUUGUAAGAUGAAAGAAACAGCUUGCAGCAAAGAAUAGGAAGUGCACAAACGGAGUGCAUGAAACAGGGAGAUGCUCUGAUUUCCCAGCUCAGAAUGGCUCAUUUAUCAUAGAGGAGAAUUGCUUUCUUCCUGUUUCCCAUAGCUGGAAAAAGUGAGUUACUUCCUUUUUUGCCCUCAUAUAAAUCUGCUGAGACUAGGAUCUUAGCUUUAUUGUGUUAUCUUGUAGAAGUUCCUCUUUGAUGGUGCCUAAACCCUCCUAAUUGUAAACUGAUAAACUCUGCUGAUGACACAUUCAGUACUCUUGCUUAUAGAGUAAACACGCUUCAUAAUCUUGAAUUUUGUGUUUCUCAUAUUCCAAAAGUAUGAAAUGAAUAUUUGUAUGAUAUUAAUCAGCAAACAUACUGAUAAUAUUUCAAAUGACAAAACAGCUUGCUCAUUUAUUUAUUUGAAGAAUUUACUUUUUUUUCUCUCUCUCGAAGUUUUUUUUCCCCACCAUGCUCACAGAUUUUACUCUUUGGAACCCAACCCACAGAGACAUGAGUAACUUAGUAAGAUUUUUUUUUUUCUGAAUUAAAAUAAUUUAGGUUUAGGAUAAACUAUGCUUGUAUUUUUAUUAACUUAAAAAUUUGUGAAGUUAGUUGUACAGGUAAUUGAGACAUACGUGACCACUAGAAGUCUACCAAAGUAACUUUUUACAAAAAUACUUAUACAUAAUAAAUUGAAAAGUAGAUAAAAGGAAAGUUUUGUUCCUUUCUUUAUGUAAUUUGCUUCUCCUAAGCAGGGGGAUUGAAUAGAGUUUUGUGAUGGCAGAAAACUGGAUAUGGUCCAAGUGUGAACUUCAACCCCUUUCUGAAGUUCUAAGCAAAAUUCUCAGGCCUUUGUCCAUUUAUAUUUGUACUUGGGAGCAGCAGAGUUCUGAUGAAAAAUAGAAUGAGAAAAUGGGUUUAAAGGGUGAAAAGUCAGUAUUAGAACAAAGGACCCGGUUACUGAUUUUGUAUUUAUACUGUGGCAUUUUGAUCUUUGCUUUCACUUUUUAAAAAAAGUAGCAAACAUGAAAGAGAAUAAUAGACUAAAAUAGAGAAAUUAGCAAAAUCUGAACGGCUGUUAUUUCACUUGAGAAAAUAAGGAACUUUUCUGCAUUCCAAAUUUAGUUACUCAAUUGCUUUUAAAAUGGACUCGUUUCUGGUUCUUGAGCCAGCCCACUUUUUCCAGAGGGUUUCUACCCAAGGCCACGUGGCCCUUAUUAACUUCUGUUAUCUCGCCACUCAUGACAGGCAGCUGGAUGGAGGUGACCCAUCUAUAGCAUGCCCAGGAGCCCUUGAUAGGAGCCUCACAAGAACUUUGCCCAACAGGAAUGAUGGUCACUGAACCUGUCCACGUCUCCCUGAGGAGCCCAAGUUCACAGUAUAGAGCAGGUUGGUUAACUGGUCUGAUUAUUAAAAGCUAAAAGACAUAGAGAAAGGAGGAGGAAGUCAAGAGUAAGCAGAGCUGUGAGUAAGCAGAAAGCAUGAGAUGGGGAAAGAUCAUGAGAUGGGGAAAAGAUACUUAGGACAGAUGGAGCCAAAAAUAAAGUGGAUGGUUGGUGGUGGCACGAGCCCUGGAGAUGGGAAGACACUGAUUCUUGCUAACGGCGGCCCCUGAGAGUAGGGAGCCCCAGCCCCUGCUGCAGAGGAAGCGGCCACACUCCAUGUCAGAUGCUCAAGGUUCUAUCCUGGUCCUGCUGCCAAUGUGAGGCCACCUCCCCCUGUCUCGAUAAGGAACAAAUUUCAUGAAUGUUGGAAACACUUGCAGGGUGUACCCCAAACGAAAGACCAAGUGGCCAACGUGAUUGAAAUGCCAAUUACAUUUUUGCAGUUGAAAUGUUCCAAGGUUGUCUUAAAUAAUUUCUCUUGUUUUCUUUUAUGAUGCGACAUAUUACACCGUAUACGUGCUACUGAAAACCACUUUAGUUAGAAGUUGUUUCCCUAGGCUCUAUGAAGGGUAUCAAUAAUUAAUAACAGAUGAAUUUAACUUCAACCAGUGGGUUUGUACAAAGAAAGGAUAGGGAGAGGAAUGUUCUCAUCAACUUCGAAGUGUUUGGAAAAGAACAUGGGAACGACUGGGCCACCUUAGAGAGUGACUCAGGCACUGGUGUCCCAGUGACAAAAGCUGAAUUGUUUUUGCAGAGCUUUCAGAAAUACCUAAUUCUUCCAGGUUUCCUCGGUGAUAGUUCUUGAUUAAGGUGGAUGAAGCAGUAACUGUAACUUACUCACUCAGCAUGGAUUUAUUCAAUGCUUACGUGAUUCAAGGAACAGAACACAGGAACUUUCGUAUUAUAUUGGUAGAGGGGAGACUUACAUUAAACAACCAAUGAUAUGCAUUUAUCCACUUGUAUACAGUUGUGUAUACUUAAUACAGUUAAUUGUUUCAUUGCAGUUUGAGAGAUGUUGUGAAAGGAGAGCCUAGUGCUCCCUGAGUUCUUAGAGCUGGGCCGGGGUGACCUGUGGACUCGGCGCAGGGGAAGGUGUGGAAGACUUCUCUGAGGAUCUGCUAUUUGAACUGAGCUGAAAGCCGCACUGAGAGCUCAGUCCAUCUAAGCCUUAGAUGCAUGGGAAAGUUUAGUCACUGGCCGCUAAUGAUAGAAAUACUCUAGUCUUCUGCCAGGUUUUAAUUUAAAUAGCAAUGGCAGGCUUUCGUAAUUUUCAUUCAAUUAAAUUUUCAUGAACAAAAGUUGGGGUAUGCACGUGCACAAAUAUGUGUGCAUGCCCUACCCUUUGGUUAUUCUAAUUAUGACUUAUUCCACUUCGAAAGUCAGCAGGUUGCAAAGAGUUAAUUAUACACACAAAGUUGGACAGAUGUGGAAUACUUCACUUCCUUUUUUGGAUAAUUGGUUAUUAUGUAGACUUUCCUGUGUCCUUACUUCCUCCUUGAGUAUUUUUGGAAAGCAUGUGCUUACUGGAGUUUACGGUCCUACAGUCUGCAGAACCAUUGAUUAAAAAUGCUGUUCUCUCCUGUUUUAGAUUCCACAGGUUUGGGAAUUGUCCUUCCAUCUAAUAUGUGAUAUGAGUUAGAUUUUCAACAUUAACUGGACAACACAGGGAAAAAUCACUCACAAAGCAAGAUAGUUGUUGGUAAUUAUUUACAAUAAGUCCUUGCUUGGAGGUAAAUCAUAGCUUUGUUUAUAGAAUUCUGGCAAGAUUGUUGAACAUCCGUCUCCUUUAAAAAUCUGACAGUAUGUUUGCACAUUUUAUCUGCGGUACCCUUGCCCCAGUUAAAUUCAUGAUCGAUAAUACUUUGGAUGUAUUUGGCUCUUAUAAUGCUUGUGUGGGAACACUUUUUGAUAUUUAUAAAUACUUGCUGGCUGCAUGUACAUCUUUCUUUUAGAAAGGAGUGUUUUGACUUUCAAAAUGGUGCCGCAUAAAGCGAUUUCUGAACUUCUA